UCUAUGGUAUGAUCACUUGCAUCAUAAACAACAAUGGCGGCGGACAGGGAGAUGAUUCUGGCCGAUUUUCAGGCUUGUACAGGUAUAGAGAACAUAGAUGAAGCCAUCACAUUAUUGGAACAGAAUGACUGGAAUCUUGUGGCUGCUAUUAAUGGAGUCCUCCCAGAAGAACCCAUGCAACAGGCACCCAGUGUUCCUGAGGUCCCCCCUCCACUAGUAGAAAGUCCUGACUUAUCAGUAGUUGGACAACAACUACAAGCAAUGGCGGGGACGUCCACGUUAGGGUCGCCAUGGGAACCAGUAAUGGCGGGCCCGAUGAUGCGGCCCACUCCUCGGAUGUUAGAGUUCAAGGUGGAGUACAGGGAAAGAACGGUGGACGUCAUGCUAGACGAUACCAGUACUGUAGGUAACAUUAAGGAGGUUUUACAAGCGGAGCUGGGGAUUCCCACAGACAAGCAGCACCUGCGAGGGUUUAGCCAGGAGGAACCUGACGAUGCUGUCCUGUCAACACUGAAUCUUCCCAGAGAGAACCGGCUCUUUCUGUUGACCCCUGACCUUCCAGUGGCCUCAGGCUCACAAGAAGUGGAUGGAGAAAGUGACGUGCUGACAAAGUUAGGAAUGGACUUCAAACUAAACGUGCGGGAUCGGGACAGGGACAUUAGCUACCCCCUCAGCUUCCCUGGCUCCAGAACAAUACGAGAGGUGAAAUGUGACGUGUACAGUUUAACAGAUAUCCCUGUACGCAACCAGAUAUGGAAGGGAUGGCCACAGGACGCUAAAGACGAUGAUGUGUUGGGAUAUACAAGCCAAACCUCCGGAGAAAAGGAAUUACACGGCCUGGUCUCUGUUGUCAUGGCAACAGGAGAUUUGAAAUACAGCUGGACACACAGUUAUAUUGUGGUUAAUGAACUGUCCCACAUUCUGCAAAAUGGGUUCAGUACAGGGGUAGGUACAACACAUACCUGUCAGGUUCAGUACAGGGGUAGGUACAACACAUACCUGUCAGGUUCAGUACAGGGGUUGGUACAACACAUACCUGUCAGGUUCAGCACAGGGGUAGAAGAAGAGAGGCGACAGCGCCAUGCCAGCGGGUCCAGCACAGAAGACUUUGAGGACGCCAGCGACUCUUUUACUGUAGAUGACAACGACUUGAGUUUUACUGACGUGGUUACAAGAAAACCGCAGCCCCUUAUUCCUGACAACUGUGAUGAUGAGUACAAUGCAUCAGUCCACUUCACCACUGAGUUUACAGAAAGGUAUGGCGAAUGCCACCCAAUGUUUUACAUAGGCUCCCUUGAAGAUGCCAUGAAAGAGGCCUUCCAGAAACCUGCCAGGGAUAGAAAGCUGUUAGCCCUGUACCUGCACCAUGACCAGAGUGUACAGAGUAACAUCUUCUGUUCCCAGGUGCUCUGUAGGGAGAGCAUCGUGUCCUACAUGUCCCAACACUACCUGAUAUUUGCCUGGGACAUGACUUUUGAUAGUAACAAAGCAAGGUUUGUAGGCCACAUCUCUCGUCAGUACGGCAGUUUGGCUGCGCAGACAGUACGGAACUACAAGGCUGACGAGUACCCGCUGCUGAUGCUGGUCAUGAGGAACCGAGGGGCCAGCGAGGUCCUCAAGGUGGUGCAUGGUAACAACACAGUAGAUGAGCUCAUGAGCACGUUGAUCAACGCUACCGACGUGUUCACAGAAAACCAGAGGGUGGAGAUGCAGGAAGAAGCAGAGAGAGAAGAACGAGAAAGGAUGAAGAGAGAACAGGAUGAGGCAUAUCAGGUUUCACUGGCAGCUGAUAGAGCUAAGGAGGAGGAGAAGAGGCGGAAAGAACAGGAGGAGAAAGAGGAGCAGGAGAGGGCACAGAGGGAAGCUCGGGAAGCCAAGGAGGAGAGAGAGGCCUUGAGAGCAUCGCUAGAAGACACCCUCCCUGACGAACCCCCUGAGGACUGCACAGAACUCAUCAACCUCCGGGUGAGGCUUCCGGACGGAGAGAUGUUACAGAGAAGGUUCCUGGCAUCCACCAGGCUGGAGAUCCUGCUGAACUACGUCCACUCCAAGGGGUUCCCUUCCAAGGAGUACAAGCUGCUGUCAUCAUGGCCAAAACGAGAUCUGACAUCACUGAACACCACACAGACACUCCAACAGCUGGGUAUGAAGUCCCAAGAGACCCUCUUUCUCCAGGAAAAGUGAAGACAACGCCCCAAGAGAUCCUCACCACCCGGGAAAAGUGAAGACAACUCCACACUGCGAGAAGAGCACAGGCCCUGUCUGCCCUAUCAAGGUACACAGUCAACAACAACAACAAAACAAAAACACAAGAAACAAACUGCCAGCAACGAACUGCUUCCAUUGUCUCCUUCCACUGAUCGUUAGAAAAGAAUCUCGAACACAGCUUUUUAUAGUCCCCAUCUAUCAGAAAAAUUCCCCUAUGGGGAAACUAUGUAAACAUGAUAUUGUGUUUAGGACAUACAACUGUAUUAUAUGUGCCAUCACGUUUUAAGUACCUGUUUUAAGUUAUCUAGAAAAAAAACACAAUUACUUAGUGCAAGUGCAAUAGACUCAUCUUUUGAAAAUCAUUAGCAUGUAUAGUUUUACAUACAAGGCAAACAAUGGUUUAUGCGUUGUACAAAAGCUUUCUAUGUCAAGUUAGAAUGUGUUGAACAAAAUGUGGUGUUUCUACUCAGAACCUCAUCAGUUGUAUUUACUAUACUCAUUUGGCACAGGUUUGAAACUGGCAUUCUGUGUAUGGUUCUGGCUUUUUUCCACUUCAGUCUUGUUUUUGUGGUAAGAUUUCUGUAGCUUGUAGUCUGUUAGCCGUGGUUUGAAUAUGAAAUUUUGACUUGUUCGCACAAAUGGUUUGCCACACAUUUGGUGCAGCUUUUUACUGAAAACCGUUUAUUCCAGAUGGAAACUGAGUUUUUUCUACAGUUACUAUAUUGUACACAGUUUGCAUGGUUACUGUUCUUUCAGUAUGUAACUUCAAAAGUCAAGUAUCCAUGGCCUUUUUUUGUUGAAGUAUGUUUAUCUAUGUCCAAAAAAUUACCACUGAUAUUUUCCCCUACCCCCACGACAGAAUUUUGUGAUCCAGUUAUCACAUUCUCUAUACAGAAAAGGACUGAUCCACUUAUGUUUUUAGGGGUGAUAGAUAUGUUUCUAAGACUGAUAAUUGUAAGAAUGACCAGGAAGAAUAUCCUUACAUCUAUUGAAUUUUUGUCCUAAGAUGACAUGAA